CCUCCUGAGGUACGAGCCCAGUGAACCACUUUCCUGCUGGCUGUCCCUCCGCUCCCGGAGGGUUGGGGGGCAGGAGGGAACCGUGGGGGGCAGGAGGGGACCGUGCCAUGCCAGGGCUGCCGGGCUGGGUGAAGGUCCUUGGCUGACCUCCAGCCCCAUCUGGACUCUGUCCCCCAGACACACCCAGUGCCCCAGCCGGACCCAGUGCCCCAGCCGGACCCCGCGCCCCAGCCAUGGAGCUGCCGAGCGUCUGCAGCCACCCGUGCUGGUUCCUGCUCACGCUGCUCCUGGGGCUGCUCCUCUGGGCCAAGAGGAGACGCACCUGGGACCCUCGCAAGUGUCCCACUGACCUGACUGGCAAGACGGUGAUUGUCACCGGAGCCAACAGUGGGAUUGGCAAGUGUGUGGCCCUGGACCUGGCCCGCAGGAAUGCUCGCACCAUCCUGGCAUGUCGUAACCGUGAGCGGGGCCAGGCGGCAGUGGAGGAGAUCCGUGCGGCCACCGGCAACCCCGCGGUGCUGCUGCGGCUGCUGGACACCAGCUCACUGGCCUCUGUGCGUGCCUUCGCCCAGGCCGUGCUGCGGGAGGAGAAGCGGCUGGACGUGCUGGUGAACAACGCCGGCCUCACCGGGCUGCCCUUCACCAUCACACCGGAGGGGCUGGAGAAGACCUUUGCCACCAACUACCUGGGCCCGUUCCUGCUCACCAACCUGCUGCUGGAUCUCCUGAAGGCAUCGGCACCCGCCCGCAUCGUCAACGUCUCGUCCUUCCGGCACAGCGCGGGCACCGCUGAUGGCCGCUACCUCACCGGGCAGGAGCGGCUCAGAGGCUCCGAUGCCACCUACAACAGCACCAAGCUGAUGAACGUCCUCUUCACCGCCGAGCUGGCGCGGCGCCUGCAGGGCACAGGGGUGAUCGCCAACACCCUGAGCCCCGGCGUGGUGAGCACCAGCAUCAUGCGCCACUUCAGCUGGGCUGUCCGGAUGCUCUUCAAACUCAUCCGCCCCUUCAUAAAGUCGGCAGAGCAGGGGGCCGUCAGCACAAUUUACUGCGCCGUCUCAGAAGAGGUCUCAGGCAUCACGGGCAAGUACUUUGACAGCGACUGUGGGCUGACGUUACCCUCCAUGGCCGCCCGCGACGCCGGCCUCGCUCGCAAGCUCUGGGAGGAGUCGGAGCGGCUGACGGGGCUCACCGACGGUCCCCGGCACUGAGCCAGCAGCAGCUCUGCGUGGGGACAUGGCAGCAGCUAUGCCACGUGGCGCUUGCAGCCACCACGUUGAUGUCCCCAUGGCUUCCCGGGACACAUAGACAGAUGCUGUCAGCGGGAUGCCAGGGUGGGCGCCAUGCUGGGGGCAGCCAGUGCCGUGAGCUGCGCCAACCCCAGCAGUGCCAGCACCCCAAAGCGCAGCAGAGGGGCAUCACCCUACAUGUGCCAGCCCCUGCAGCCCCUUCCAAAAGGGGAGAGCGGCCACAGGGCCCAGCCAUGCUGGGACAGCUGGCGUGCUGGGGCAUAGACGGUGCCACUGCCCAUAAUGUA